GUUAAAUUUAAAAAAACACAUGUUUUAUCAAAAGUAUCAUUAUUGUUUUAAUAUUGGUGCGAAUUUUUGAAUAAUACUAAAGGGAACUAUUAAUAAAUCGUAGGAGUAUGCGUCUAGGGGUUUCUAUAGGCUGCAUAGUGACUAUUAUUUUACAAUGCCUGCCCAUUUACUGCGAAGAUAAGAUAGAUGAUCAUCCCGAUUACUACAAUUCGCCUUAUUUCAGUGACCAUCUGCAUUACGCCUUCGACUUGUGUUCCAAAGAUUAUUCGGAGAAAUUUGAUCCAAGCUUCGUAUUGUUUUUAAAAAACGAACUCUUUUUAAACACUCAUAGCGAUGAAAUCUGUGUCGUCGGUUGUACUUUGCGGACCCUUGGAGUCUUUAAGAAAGGAAACCUUCUAGACUUGAAACAGCUAAGUCAAUGGUUAAGGUCCAAUCUUAGAAAAGAUUUGCCGAAAAGAGAUGACUUUAUAGGGUACUACAUCACAUUGGCGUCUUGGUGUUUCCCAGACGCUCAAGGAAAAGAUGACUGUGCCAUUGGAAAAUAUUAUUACAAUUGUGUAACCAAGUUAAUGCCGACCAUGAAAUUGCCAUACGAUCAGUGGUCACGCUGGGAUCAUAAUCCUUUUGAUGUCUUAUAAUAAAAAAUACAUAUACGCCAUCGCGCGGAUUAAAUUAUCUUUGU